AUGAGAAAGACAGAUGGGGUAGGAGUGUCCAACUUCAUCAAGGAACACAUAAUCUGUAGGUUUGGUAUACCCAAAGUAAUGUUAUCUGACAAUGGAACUCCUUUUGUAAAUCGUCAUGUAGAAAGACUGUUGGACACUUGUCAGAUCAAGCACCACAAGUCUAUCCCAUACUACCCGCAAGGGAACGGACAAGCUGAAGCAACCAACAAAACUCUUAUCCGAAUAUUGAGUAAAAUGAUGGAUGAAGCAGGGGGCACAUGGUCUGAACAACUCCAUAUAGCACUCUGGGCAUAUAGAACGUCAAAGAGGAGUCCAACUCAAACAACCCCAUUUUCCCUAGUAUAUAGGUCCGAAGCUGUGUUACCAGUUGAGUUGGCAGUACCCUUAGCAAGAAUGGCUAUGUCAGCACACAUAGUUCCAGACAACAAAAAGAACGACAUAGAGGUAGCCAAAGAAAGAAGGGAUCGGGCCUUGCGGGCAAUGGAAAAGUAUUAUCAGUCCAUAGCUCGGGCCUACAAUCAGUCUGUUCAACACAGGAAGUUCAAGGAGGGGGACUUGGCAUAG